AUGGCCCACAUCAUGUCAAUGAGAGUACGAUCGCGCCUUCUUCCCAUCAACACUCAUUGUUAUUUCACGGUACUUGACAUUGAGUUCACAUCCUUCCCUCCGGUCUCAGUCAGAGCAACUACUUCUUCCCUCCCGCAAUGGAGGUUUACCAAAAAUCUUGAGCACAAAGCUCCAUACAAACAAACAAACAAAAAAGGUUUUCUAUGUAUUAGCCGAAAACAGGUGCAAGGACUGCAAACAAACCUGGACAUCAUACAAAAAGAAGUAGUCAAAGCGAAAAAAUUUCAUGAACUUCGACAUAUGUGUAUAAAUCGUACACCAACUAAGCAAGUGCAAGCGCAAGUACAAAUCCAGGAUCAAGAGCAAGAUCAAUUACAAGCACUACUGGGAAACCAUACCAUCAUAGCAAUAAAAACCAAUCUGGAUACGAUUUUAAGGCCUGUGUAUAAGACACUCAUCACGGAGAAAAAAGGUCAAAAAGUGCCUAGUUUAUUUUCGUUGUCCAGUGUACUUUCAUUGAUAUGGAGGUUUACAUUAAUUAGCUCAAACACUUUUUCAGCAUUUGCUACUAUACCACUACCCUCUACCUAUGCUACCAACCUUGAGAUUUCUCUUGAGAUGUUUGAUUUAAGCAGACUUAGGUUGGAUAGAGAUCUCGACAUUUCUUUGUUAGGAGAUGUAAUGCAAAAUGAAAGAUUGGAAGACAUUUUUCUUUGUGGUCUUGAUUCGGGCAGAUAUCGAGUGUUUGAAGAAUCUUACGGGGACAGUGAAAUCCCUCGUCAAUUCAGAAGAUGCUCUACCAAGGAAUACUAUAAAUACACUGGGUCAAAAAGGCACAAAAAAAGAGAAAGAGAAAGAAUGGUCGCCGAAUUACUAGAUAUAUUUUCUUGUUUAUUACUAGACAUCAUGUGCUCAAUGAAUCAUCUUGGUAGUCAAUCCAUGAGAUUGGGAAUCUAA